AUAUUUUCUUCGGUGAAUGCGAUAUUAAUAUCCAAAUUCUUAAAACUACGCAACAAAUAAGCAUGCUUUCAGAAAAAUUGGGUAUCAUAACGGCAAUAUUGACUAACUAUACUCAAUACCUGCCUGAUCAGAACAAAACUCGUACACAUAAAGUAUUUAGUUAUAUAUAUGAUUAUGAAAAUAAUACUGUCAAGCUUUAUUUUUAUGAUGUAUUAUCACCAGGACAUUACAUUCUAAAUUUAAGAUAUAGUGCUAUAUCUAUUAAAGGAGGCUUUCAGAAAUUUGAAUUUAACAAUAUAAAUGAUAAUGCAAUAUGGUUGUCCGCAACAUAUUUCCAACCAGUAUGGGCUCGACGAAUCUUUCCAUGUUGGCCGUUAUCAGAGUCCACGUUCAAUAUUUCUGUACUACAUUCUCAAGUAUAUAGAGUAUUGUCAAACAUGUUGAUACAAACAGUGGUUAAAGAUGAAGAAAACAUGCAAUGGACACAUUUCAGCAAUGGCAUUUUUGCAAAAUCUCCUUAUAAAAUAGCAAUUUUUGUAACUAAUUUCGUUCCCAAUUUUAUUGAUAAAUAUGAUAGUGUCAACAUGUGGUGCAGAAAAGAAUCAAAAACUUCCCUGCAAUUUGCACUGACAAUUGUUAGAAAUACUACGUUAUACUUGAAAAAUGAAUGGAAGUACUUGCAAUCUCAAACAGUAAAUUAUAUCGUAAUUCCGAAUUUUCAAGAGCAAAACGAUAGUGUAAUGAAUUUGAAAAGCAUGAUUUCUAAAGAAGAAGAUAUUAUGUAUGAUGAGGAAAUAGACAAUAUUGGGACCAAAUAUAAUGUAAUAUAUUCAGUAGGAAAUCAAGUAAUACGAGAAUGGCUCCAGAGUUUAGAUAAUCCAUUUUACUGGCCUAAUUCAUCGUUGAGCGAAGGUUUUAAUAUGUUCUUUGCAACGCAUUUCCUUAAUCAGACUUUUCCAAAUUUCCGAAUAACAGAUUUAUUCGUAGUUCAAAUUCAACAUGAGUGCCUUCAUUUUGAUGUUGAUAACAAUAUGUUGCCUCUUAUUCAGAGAGAAAAUGUUACGGUUGAAUUUGUUAAUCACAUGAGAACACUUGUUAUAUUGCGCAUGUUACAUCAUGCAUUUGGUGAAAAGAGGUUUUGGAAGAGUAUUCAUACAUAUUUAGACACAAAGAAGUAUGAUUACGAUAGUUUCUGGAAAACUUUGAAAGAUACUUACAUUAAAGAGAAUCCAACAUCUGAUGAUAUAAAUAAAAUGUUAUAUCCUUGGAUAAAGCAAAAAGGAUAUGUGUUUAAUGCAUUCCGAGAUCAUAAAUAUAAGGAUAAUAAAAUUGAAUUUUCGAAAUACAUAAAUAUAUCGAUAGAUGAUCUCGAUAUACUGGAUGAGAAUGUAUGGAUACCUAUGUCUUAUGUCACACAGACGUAUCCCAAUUUUAAUCAAACUACACCAAUUAUUUGGUUCCUUCCGCCGACAAAGAAGCCGAUCAAAUGGCCGCAAAAGUACAAUGCACAGUUUCUCUCUCAUAAAGAAGAUGGUUGGAUUAUGUAUAACAUACAACAAAUUGCAUAUUGUCGCGUCAACUACGAUGAUAUGAAUUGGCAAAAAAUUGCUGAAUAUCUGAAUAGCAAAGAAUAUUGGAAAAUACAUGUUCUGAAUCGCGCUCAAGUUAUCGAUGAUACGUUUCAUUUUCUACUAGUGCGUAAAUUAAAACCUGAUAUAUUCUGGCAACUUACUAGAUAUUUAUCACAUGAGAGAGAUUUCAUAGCAUGGUAUCCUAUGCUCAAAGCUAUUAAAUACAUGUCAAGUAUCUUUCCAUUUCAAGAAAUUGGGGUUAUUCAUAUUAAGGAAAUAUUACAGAGUAUACUGAGUAAGCUCAUGUCGAAUAUAGAUUAUAAAGAAAAUUCUAUGGAGGAUGAUUUUACUAAAGUUUUAAGAGAAGAAGCCCAACAAUUGAUAUGCAUGCUUGGAAAGUUGGAGUGCCUAGAAAUGGCUAAUAAUCUGUUACAAGAUCAUCUCCGGCUAUCUACAAAACUUUUGCCACAGAGGCAAAGAUGGGCAUAUUGUUAUGGUUUGGUUAAAAUGAACAGUACUGUUUGGUCAGAAAUGCUGAACAAAAUAAAAGAAGAUAAUGAUGAAAUUUUGUAUCUUUUAACUUGUCCAAAUCAUCUAGUUGAGCUAAACAAAUAUAUAUCAGCACUUUAUACGGGAGAUAAACUUUAUAAUAUUUUGAAAGGGGAUAUAUAUGACAAUAAAUUACAAGAAAUUCCCGGAAAAGUAACUCAAAUCUCAUUGAGGCAUUUCCACUUUAUUGUUACAAAUAAUACAAAGAGUUAUGAAACGUUCAACCAUUUAUUAAAUAAUUUUCAAUAUAUAAAACCCAGUCUAAUCAAUAUGCCUGCAGCAUUACUCAUUCUUAUUAAUAAUAUACAUUCUAUGGAACUACUUAAUGAGGAAUAUUUCUUUCGUCCACACUUUAUGGACUAUAAAAUUUAUAUGCCGGCUAAAAUAAUAGUACGUAUGGCUCAACUUAAGCAGCACAUGCUCUUAAUUAAUAAAGUUGAACCAACUAAUGAAACUUAUGCAAAAUUUUAACACAUAUGUACGCAUAUUAGUUAUAUUAUAUCUGUAUAUAUUAAC